AGGCAGUUCCUGUUCGUGGUCACCUUCUCCACCUUCCUGCUGUGCUGUGUGGAGUAUGAUGUCCUCUUUGCCAACCGGCCACUCAACCACACCAGUGGGGCAGCCGCCGACCGCAGCAAGGUGACACUGCCCGAUGCCAUCCUGCCUGCCCCACAAUGUGCCCAGAGUGAGGAGCAGGGCUGGGAGCUGUCGGUGGUGGUGAUGCCGUGCGUGUUCUGGCUGUACCGGCUGGGGAAGGUGCUGUGCAGCCUGCUGAGCUACUGGGAGAUCCGCACCUUCUACAUCAAAGCCCUCAACAUCCCCUCGGAAGGGCUGUGCAACUACAGCUGGCAGGAGGUGCAGGCGCGGCUGAUCUCGCUGCAGCGCCAGCAGCAGAUGUGUGUGCACAAGCGGGAGCUGACGGAGCUGGACAUCUACCACCGUAUCUUGCGCUUCAAGAACUACACAGUGGCCAUGGUCAACAAGUCACUGCUGCCCGUCCGCUUCCACCUGCCACUGCUGGGCCCCAUUGUCUUCCUCACCCAGGGCCUCAAGUACAACCUGGAGCUGCUCCUCUUCUGGGGCCCCGGCUCCCUUUUCCAGAACAAGUGGAGCCUGCGGCCACAGUGCAAGCGUGCAGGUGCCCGUCGGGAGCUGGCCCGGCGUCUGGCACGCACCAUGGUGCUGGUGGGGUUGGCCAACCUGCUGCUCUGCCCCUGCGUGCUGGUCUGGCAGCUCCUCUAUGCCUUCUUCAGCUACGCCGAGGUCAUCAAGCGGGAGCCGGGCAGCCUGGGCGCCCGCCGCUGGUCCCUCUACGGCCGCCACUACCUGCGGCACUUCAACGAGCUCAACCAUGAGCUGCAGGCACGGCUGAGCCGCGGAUACAAGCCAGCCACCAAGUACAUGAACUCCUUCACCAGCCCACUGCUCACCGUGCUGGCCAAGAACAUUGGCUUCUUUGCCGGCUCCAUCCUGGCUGUGCUCAUCGUCCUGACCGUCUAUGAUGAGGACGUGCUGACGGUGCAGCACAUCCUCACUGCCAUCCCACUGCUGGGGCUGGUGGUCACUGUGGCCAGAUCCUUCAUCCCUGAUGAGCACACAGUGUGGUGUCCAGAGCAGCUACUGCAGCGUGUCCUGGCCCACAUCCACUACAUGCCUGACCACUGGCAGGGCAAUGCCAGCCGGUCGGAGACGCGCAGUGAGAUGGCCCAGCUCUUCCAGUACAAGGCGGUGUUCAUCCUGGAG